ACAGCCUAACCAGUAACCACACUGCUCCCGUCGACAUGCCGCCCCCUGUGACCUCGCCUGUCGUCCCCUCGCCGUCAAAGUUUCCUAUCUAUGUCUUCUUCUUCCGUGCUCUCGUCCGCGCCCGCCUGUCUUGCGGCCAGCUUGACGAAGCCCUCCGUGCCCUCCACUACAUGCUCUCUCUCGGCAUCCACCCCUCCACCCGCGCCUGGAAUCUCCUCCUUUCCUGCUUCAAUUCGGCUGGCUUCGUCGAAGAGGUACCCUUUGUCUACGCUGACCUCAUCCUCGCCUUCGCUAAGCCCGAUGCCUUCACUCACAACGUCCUCCUCCACGCCCUCUGCAAGAUGGGCUCCCUCGACGCCGCCCUCUCAAUCAUCCGCUCCGCCGGAGACGUCGACGUUGUGUCCUAUAACACUCUCAUCUGGGGUUUUUGUGAUCUAGAAUCGCCUGAGUUUGCCGUCGGGUUGCUGUCGGAGAUGCUGAAGAAGGGAUUUCCGCUCGAUUCUUUUAGCUGCAACAUUUUGGCCAAAGGAUUUUGCCGGAGAGGCCUGGUGGAUGUUGCGGCGUCGCUGAUGGAGAUGCUGGUUCGAGGUGAGAUCGUGAGGGAUUUGGUUGGGUUUAAUACCAUGAUCGACGGGUACUGCAAGAUAGGGAAUCUGGACAAGGUUCAAGGUCUUAUCGAGAGUAUGAGGGUGGAGAACGUUUUUCCAGAUAUAGUUACCUGCAACAUUUUGAUCAAACACUUUUGUACAAUUGGAGAUUUCAAUAGGGCUAGGAAAGUGAUUGAAGAGAUUGGGGCGAGUACUAGCCCAAAUGUGGUGACACACACUACGUUUAUUGGUGAAUAUUGCAAGAGAGGGAAGCUAGAAGAAUCCUUUGUUCUUUAUGAAGAUAUGGUUAGGAGUGGGAUCUUGCCCGACGUUGUCACUUACAACUCACUCAUCAGUGGACUUUGCAACCAGGGUAAGUUGCCCGAGGCCAUUCGGCUCUUUAGAGAGAUGCCGAAGAUGGGAAUUGCUCUGAAUCAUGUUUCAUAUUGUACCCUUAUUGAUGCACUACUUAAAUCAGGCAGCGCAAAGCAAAGUUUUGCAGUCCUUGGUGAGAUGGUUACUCGAGGUGUUGUGAUGGAUAUGGUUUUGUACACUGUCAUCAUGAAUGGGCUAUUUAAGUUGGGAAAGGUUGAUGAAGCAGAAAAAAUGUUUCAGUUGGUUUGCUCCCCUAAUCUCAGCCCUAGUCAUGUUGCAUAUUCAUCUCUGAUUGACGGGCGCUGCAAGGCAGGAGAUGUCGAGGGAGCUGAAUCUGCAUUCCUGGAGAUGCAAAGGAAAUCACUGAAUGUAAAUGUUGUUACAUACUCCUCUAUCAUCAAUGGGUAUAUUAAAAACAAAAUGCUUUCUGAGGCUUUUGAUACUGCGCAGAAGAUGAAGGAAAUAAAUGUUUCUCCUAAUGUUGUAACUUAUGGAACACUUAUAGAUGGCCUAUGCAAGAUUGGAAACCUAGAAGAAGCUUUUCAGAUGUACAAAAAAAUGACAGAGGAAGGUCUGGUAAUAAACAAAUUUGUGGUUGAUUCAUUGGUCAAUGGAUUAAGGAAGAAUGGAAAAAUGGUGGAGGCAGAAAGUCUUUUUAAAGAGAUGGAACAGAAAGGUGUAGUGAUGGACUGUGCUAAUUACACCUCCUUGAUGGAUGGACUCUUUAAAGCUGGGAAUGGAUCUGCUGCGUUGACUGUUGGCCAGGAAAUGACACAGAAAAAUCUUGCACCAGAUGUUGUCAUGUAUAAUGUAUUUAUAAAUCAUCUUUGCAUGCUUGGGAAGUUUGAAGAAGCAAAAUCUUCUCUCACUGAGAUGAAAAAUAUGGGACUAACUCCAGACAAUGUGACAUACAACACUUUAAUUAACGCACACUCUAAACAAGGAAGAAUAGAUGAGGCUCUCAAACUUGUUCAAGAAAUGAGAACUAUGGGUCUGGUGCCAAAUAUCAUUACAUACAAUGCCUUAAUUAAGGGUUUCAGCAAUGUGGGUGAUAUUACCAGUGCUGUGGAUUUAUUGAUUGAAAUGACUGUUACUGGGUUUUGCCAAAGAUCUUCCUUCAAAAAUGUGUUACAAGCAUGUUCAAAGGGCAAUAGGGCAGAUUUGAUAGUGCAAAUGCAUGAGAAGAUAGGAAAUAGAUUUCUUCUUGAUGCCACACUGUAUAAUAUGAUAAUCCAUGCUUUAUGUACUCUUGGAAUGACAAAGAAAGCUAAUUCUGUUCUGAAUGAGAUGUUGGGAAGAGGGUUGAAAGCCGAUACCAUUACUUUCAAUGCGCUUAUACUGGGAUAUUGCAAGAAUGGUCAUCUAGAUAAAGCAUUUGAUAUGUAUUCCCGGAUGGUUCUUGAAGGCAUAUCACCAAAUGUUGCAACUUUCAACACACUAUUGGGGGGCCUAUCGGCUUCCGGAAGGAUAGAAGAAGCAGAAAAGGUGAUUAAUGAGAUGAAGUCAAGAAAGCUGGCUCCAAAUAAUUUUACCUAUGAUAUACUGGUUACUGCCCAUGCUAAGCAAAGCCACAGUAAAGAUUCAGUAAGGGUUGGAAUGAUGAAUCAGGCUGGAGAAAUGUUAAAUGAAAUGCAUAAAAGAGGCGUUUCUCCCAAUUCCUCAACAUAUGAUAUAUUAAUUGGUGGCUGGUCAAAGCUGUCAAAUGGCUAUGAGCUAAAACGGCUGCUCAAAGAGAUGGCCGAAAAAGGUUUCACUCCUUCGAAAAGCACACUAUCUUUAAUCAGUAAAGCCUUUGCAAGACCAGGGAGGAAGUAGAUAGCUCACAAAUUGUUUAGAAUGUUUCUACUGAACAAUGCAAUGGUGUAGUUGGUUAUCCUACUCUGACAACAUUUGGUAACCAACCUAGCAUUCUGGGUGAACAAAGGUGAAAUAAGGAGAAAAAUUCUGAAUCAAGGACUUCAUGGAGUGUCAGUAAUCAAAUAGAGCAGUGAUGCAUGUUCUUGACAGUGUAUGAAAUGGUUUAUUCCAGAAAGACGAAGAAUACAUUUGGAGACUGGCUUUUUUUACUUUAAAGCCUGAAAAGGAUGAGCAAAAUCAUCAUUUGGCAACUUAAUGGUAAAUUGAGGAGCAUAAAAGGACCAAUGCUUGUUUAUUCCUUGUAUGGUCAAAUAAAUCUCCUUAGCAACAGCUUAAGAGCCCGUGCACCCUGAAUUGACCUGUGGUUAGCCAAAAUGGUUAAGUAUCCAUGUUGAUUGUGGACAAUCAAGCUAUAGUUGGCACAACGGAGAUAAAUUUGGAAUUUCCAUUCUGAUUUCUUUUAUUUAGUUAUUUGGCCACUCAUGCUGUUUGGAUCCAUCCUUCAAUUUUGUUGUGGCUUGUGCCUUUCAUACGUGGUGUCAUUGGAUAAAGAUCAGAAAAUGUGCAUCACUUGAUGGAUCUUUUUUCUAAAUUGUUGAAUAUGGAAAUUCAAGACAAAUGAAAUUCAAGACAA